GCUCAUUCCAUCACAAAAAAAGCAAAACAUUCCUCUUCUUUCUGUAAUAAUCACCAAAGCAAGUACAAACAGUGGUUCUUGAUCUCUUAGUAUAGCUUUUUUUCUUAUAUAUUCAAGUGUUUUUGAAUCUUGAUCAAAGAGAUGGCACAACACAACGAGCAAUACGGUAGCCAAGGGCAGAUGCACAAGACUGAUGAAUAUGGCAACCGUGUCCAAGAAACCGGGGGUAUGGGUACUGGUGGAACCCAUGGCACUCAUCAAGGAACCGGUAUGGGGGGCAUGGGUGCCACUGGUGGAGAAUAUGGUACUCAUCAAGGUACCGGCGGUAUGGGGGCCACUGGUGGAACUCAUGUCGGAGAACAUAGAACCCAAGGUACUGGUAAGGGCAUGGGCACGGGUACCGGUGGAACCCAUGGAACUCAAGGUACUGGUACUGGGGGCAUGGGUACCGGAAAAUAUGGAACUCAAGCUGGUACUGGUGGAAUGGGUACAGGUCCUGGUAUGCAUACUCAGCACCAUGAGGGACAACAGCUUCGUCGAUCUGAUAGCUCCAGCUCGUCUGAGGAUGAUGGACAAGGAGGGAGGAGAAAGAAGGGGAUGAAGGAGAAGAUAAUGGAGAAGAUUCCAUGUGGACAUGGCCAAAAGGAAGGUGAUCAAUACAAUCAACAUGCACAAACUACUACUUAUGGUGGACAUGGCCAACAGAAAGGUGAUCAAUACAAUCAACAUGCACAAACUACUGAGAAGGGAAUGAUGGACAAAAUUAAGGACAAGAUUCCAGGUGGACAUGGCCAACAGAAAGGUGAUCAAUACAAUCAACAUGCAACUUAUGGUGGACAUGGUCAACAGAAAGGUGAUCAAUACAAUCAACAUGCACAAACUACUGCUUAUGGUACUACUGAAGGGGGAGAGAAGAAGGGAAUGAUGGACAAAAUUAAGGACAAGAUUCCAGGUGGACAUGGCCAACAGAAAGGUGAUCAAUACAAUCAACAUGCACAAACUACUACUUAUGGUGGACAUGGCCAACAGGAAGGUGAUCAAUACAAUCAACAUGCACAAACUACUACUUAUGGUACUACUGAAAGUACUACUGAAGGGGGAGAGAAGAGGGGAAUGAUGGGCAAAAUUAAGGACAAGAUCCCUGGGAUGCAUUGAACAUGUUGAUCACCUUUGUUUUCAUUUCCAGCUUUAUAGCAACAAAUAAGAGUCCAGCAAUUAAUUAGUGCUUGAUUUUAUUUCAUGCACUAAUUAGUAGCCGUCAUGUAAGUUACCUUUACGUCGUGUGUGGUUUAGAGCCUGUAUGAGGGCAGUGUGCUCACGCCAUGUGUAUGUAGGGGUCAUGCCCCCUUCUGUACUAUUUUUAAGAAUGAGUUUACUGUAUCAGUGUGGUGUAUAAGGAUUUUGCUUUUACGCCUGGAAAGCAAUGAUGCCAUAUGCACAUGUUAAUGUGUUGUGGUGUCCCUUGUUUGAUGUACGUAGUUUUGGAAAUAGUAUGUGAGUUUAAGUUGUGCUA